AUGUCUCAACUCUUUGGUCAGGGUGGAGAUACUGUUUGGGGCAACCAUACUUUCGCAGCAGAUGAUUUACCUAAAUCCACACAUACUCACGGCCAAUUGAUCUCGUUCAGACAGUCCAAAGAAAUCUCUUCUCAUAAUCCUGUCGACAAUACACGUAACAUGUCGGCAGAAGAGAGUGGAACAUGGAUUCUGGCUCACACUCCUUCGACCUUUCAGAAAAUGAUGGCGACAAAUUAUUCCUUUGGGAUCGAGAGGGAUGAAGGAGCAUUAGACCGGAAUGAUUUAGACCACACCAAAUGGACGAAUCCGUUGGAAGUACGUUUGCCAAACGCUCCAUCCAUGAAGAUCUAUUGCGUUUACGGCCACGGCAAGGAGACGGAGCGUUCGUAUUGGUAUGCAAGGGGAGACUAUCAAUAUGACGAGACACUAGCCGACAGCUUGGAUGCUGAAUGCACCGAUCCGGACGAUAGUCAAUGUCAAAGUCAGAGGCCACCACUAGAGCUCCCCCUUCUUAGAAAGACUUGGAUGGAUGCAGAGUACACAGAUGAAGCAGGUAAUCCCAAGGUGCAGAAUGGUGUCAGGCUCGGCGAGGGGGACGGGACAGUGAGUCUACUGAGCCUUGGUGCCAUGUGUGUGGAAGGGUGGAAACGACGGCGAUGGAACCCCUCAGCGAUCAAUAUUACGACCGUAGAGCUUCCUCAUCGCCCCAUCCCCUCUUUGCCUCGAGGCGGCGCCAAUACGUCAGAACAUGUGGACAUUCUAGGCUCGACAACUCUGAACGAAAUAAUUGUGAAGGUGGCGACAGGCGCAGGUUCAGAGAUAGAAGAAAAUUAUGUUUCAGACAUCCGUGAGUAUUCCCGGAAGAUACAGUGGGAUUGA